AUGGUUAUGUCAGCAAAUGAAACGAACGAACCCCUCGCGAACAGAAUUCAUCCACUUUUGAAUGACUCAAACAUUGGAUCGCUUAUUCUAGAAGAUUCGGAUCUGCUCGCCCAGGGAUCCCAAGACUAUUACUUUUACUACGAAGGUGAUAUCUCCAACUUACAGAAACCAUGGCUGCAAGAACCACACUUCAUCCCAACGGUGGCCGUGUAUGGGACAGCUUUCCUGGUGGGUCUCAUUGGAAAUUCGUUGGUGAUAUUCGCGAUGUUGGGGGACCGCAAAUCCCGCAGUGUGACAGCGUCUUUCAUGGUCAGUCUUGCAGUGGCCGACCUACUUUACCUGGUUGUGUGUGUGCCGUUUGAGACGUCAAGGUAUUUCAUUGGACACUGGGGGAUCGGACCAUUCCUAUGUAAACUUUCUGGGACUGUGGAAAUGUUAUCUGCGCUGGCAUCCAUAAUGAACUUAACAGCUGUUAGCAUAGAAAGGUAUAUAGUGAUAGUUCAUCCCAUAAUGGCGCGGUCCUGGUGCACGCUGGGUAACACGAAGAAGAUUUUACCACUGGUGUGGGUUUUAGCUGUGGCUCUUUCAUCUCCUACAUUCCACGUCAUGAAAUGUGGAUGGUCUGUGUUUUACAACAACGACACGUCAGUGACUGUCAUACUGUGCGCCGACUACGGUAUCGAUCCCAACGAGAGACUCAUCUUCUGUGUGUACCAGUUCGUAGCCAUGUUCUCGGCGCCUACACUGAUCAUGAUUAUUUGCUACGCUUUCGUUAUACAUGCACUGUGGGUCAGUUCCAGGAAACUUAUUACUAUGACAGAGCCACCUAGUUCAUCAAGUAACCAUGCGCUGUUGACCCCAGAUUGCUGUCCCAGUCGACGUCUCAGCCCCAAUGAGCAAUCACUUCCGGGUCACAUCAGAUCUCGUCGAAGUCUAGUUCACAAGGCAAAGCAAGAACACAGUGCGGAGGUUUUGCGUGCACGAAAACAGGUAAUCAAAAUGUUAAUCAUGAUCAUCGUCGUCUUUCUCAUUUGCUGGGGACCAAAACUGAUCUUCAGGAUUCUACAGCGAAUGGAUCAGAUAAAUCUCUUUCAGAAGUCUAUAUUCAUGACAAAGAUCGUCAUCGACUGUUUACCGUACAUACAGUCCUGUCUCAACCCCAUCAUCUACGGGUUUAUGUCCCGCAAUUUCCGCCGCAGCAUGAAGACGGCGUGUACCACGCACCUGUGCCGGAAGUCGAACACGCAUACGUGCCUUGGUCGACGCCAAAAUGGCUCCGACUACGAGAUGGAACCAAGGUCGACGUGUACCAACGGAACAAUUCAAACUAAAAUCUCUCUCAGAACUAGCAAAAGCAGUUCAUCUGAAGACAAGACGACGACACUUUGUCAGUAAAGAUGUUCGUUAUUACUAUUAUCCU